AGGAAGCAGCGAGCCCCCACCGGGGAGCGUUUGGGUCCCGACGUGAUGCACCACCAUGCCUCCAACCGGCCGAAGUUGAGAUCAAAAGGGCCACGUAUCCAGGAGCUGCUGGGAGUGUGGAAUGAAUUGCAAGGAAUGCAUCGAGUACACCCAGCGGGUGUGUCGGAGGUGCGGUGGCGGCUACUGCAUCAUCCACAACGAGGGCUCAAAUAUGUUUGCGGGUGUGUGGGCAAAAACAGGGCGAUCCGCAACCGAGACCUCUAUUGAACCUACCGAGACGAACACUCCUCGAUGAGGUCCUGCCCACCCAGCCCAUGGACACCCUUCGUCAAGCUUGACUUGACAGCCCUCUCCACUCGCCUUGGUUCCCUGAGACUCAGCGAGACUUAACGUAAGAGCAGAACUGUUACCUCCGAAACCACCUCCCCCCUGUUCCGAGCAGACCACGCAUCAGGAAAAUCCCACCUCCUCCGUCCCGCAUCGACCCGUCCUCCUUACUACUAC